GACGUCACCCCCCGCGUCGUAGUGCUUCCCCCCCCGCCCCGCCCCCAUUCAAGGAAGGGAAGCCGGCGGCGCGAAUGGCGAUGCUGAGCGUCACCCUCACGCACGGUUCCUACAAGCACAGUGUGCAAGUCCCAGGGGGUCCGGGCGGCAAGGAGCCCACACUGAGCGACCUCGCUCAGGCUGUCGCCGCCGCCACUGCUGUCCCCGAGGCUAACCAGAAGCUCAUUUUCAAAGGGAAAUCCUUGAACACCCUAAAAGAGGCUGAUCGAAUGAUUUCAGCAUGUGGGAUGAAGAAUGGAUGCAAGAUCAUGCUCAUUGGGAAAAAGAAUAGCCCCGAAGAGGAAAGUGCAUUGCAACGACUGACAGAAAUGGAAAGGUCUGGAGAGCAACUCUCAUUUAGGCUGAAUGAAAUCCAAGUGGAGCUUAAAGGCAUAGAAAAUGGCUACCUGGACAAGAAUCUGCGGGGGCAGGCACUGACCAAGCUGGAGAAGCGUGUGAAGGCCGUGACGGAACAGUGCAUGAAGCUGCUGGAGCAAGCUGACGGCACGGAACUGCCGGAGAAUUUUUCAGACUGUCGAAUGAAGCGAAAAAGGAUCGUGAAGAAAAUUCAGAGCUACCUGGAUCAUUGUGACACCUUGGAGAAAAGUGUAACAGUUGAAGCUGAAAAGCUUCAAAGAAAAAGUUUAACACAGCCCGACUGAUGUGACACACCGCGGGUUUGAAAAUACAGUACAGUAGAUUUAAAUGUUAUUUACAUUUCAUUGGAUUUAGAUGAAUGGAUACAACUAUAUAUGUUUGGAAUGUACUACACAUAAUAGUAAUAAUUUGAAUGUAUCAUCAGCCAUUGUUUAUCUGAUGCUGGAUGAAGGUAACUCCACACCACUGCCACGAUUUAUCUUAGUCCUGUGAUGCCACAACACACCUGCACAUUAACUUAUCUCAUUCCUCCUCUUUAUGAUGGUCAUCUUCCUGGGCACAUCCUCUCAGUUAUUCUGUCACCAGUCUUGUCUGCAAGCUGUCACCCUUUUGAGCAUGUCUUAUUCAAGCCUACCUUUCUCAAUAGUCGAUUUGUCUCUGAUUUCAUUACUCCUUGAUCUAUGUGCUCCUCGCCUCAGCUCAGUGUAACUGAGCACUCACCUCUCUACUUCUGUGCAUGCUUUUCAGCAUCUGCUCCAUUAAUUGUUCAUUCUGUCAGUGUUUAAAUACUUUAAAUAACUACAGUUUGAAAAUCUUUGGUAGGAGGUGAAAUGGCUGUGGAGUCCAGUUGAUGAGUGGCACGUUUUAUCUAGAAUAUGUAGACAAGACUGGAGCAGAACCUUAUUGUGACAUCUUCAUUUGUUACAUUUUCUGAGUUAAUUUUAUUUUACAACUGCAUGUUACUUGUGUUUGUGGAAGCCAUUAAAUAUUGCAUUCUGGGGUUGUCCUUC